UCAUUGGAGAGCUCUGAUGAAUAAAUCAACAAAUUACGCGGCAUCCGGCACAACGGGGGCAUUGCACAGGAGAAUCAGGUGGUGAAGCGAAGGCCAUGAAAUGCCUGGUAUGGACAAGCCAGUAGCAUUCGGCAGCCAUGGCACAGGUAAUAUAUUCGAUCAGUCUAUCAGCUUAAUCUCCAGAGAGACCAGAACCAGGUCCAAAAGAAGUGCCAGCAUCGCAAAGGGCUGGAGAGAAUGGGCGUUCAUGUCGAAGAAUUGUUAACUCAUCAUGGAUGAUAGAGGCUGAGCGCCUUGGGAAGGCGGGAGCAGCAGAGAAAGUGGAGGUAGCGCGCCAGCUUAUGAAGGCAAGCAAGCUUUGCCAGGCCGUUGAGCCUCACCUACAGGCUCAUUGCAAGGAGCAGGGAGCGACCAAGGGUGGCGAUAUCGGGGAUGGUCUCGCUGUUAGGGCUGCGAGCUAUCUUGAGGACGGCAUGGAAGCCCUGGAAGAGGACUGUCAAGACUCUGAUAAGCUUAUGGGACCCCUGACCCACCUGUUUGGGCAUAUCAGCCGUGGCGGGGAAUCUCGAAGCUAUGAGAAGUCCCGUCGAAAGGUCUUGAAUGUCAUGAUGCGCAAGAUUGAUAUUGUGGUAAACCCGCUGGAUUUGCCCGAGGUAUUGCGGCGAGAGCUUCCAGAUACCUUAUUAUCGACGAGGCGACUUUCUAUCACGAUCCGGGAUGGUUUUCUGCCUUGACGAAACUUCCUCAAGGAAGUAGCAUCCUUCUCGUCGGAGACUACAGCCAGCUGUCGCCAAUGUGCUUUACACCUCAGGGUCGUGAAGCAUGAUUCAGCUCGGCUGUCGAAAGGCUCAUUGAGAAGGACUAU